UUUUCAAUUCGUCAGUCAAUAAGUACGUAGUUUAGUUUUUCCAAGGAGAGCAAAAAAUGUUUUCCACACCUCGACAAAACUCCACUGAAGGUCCUUUGUGCCACUCCACUCCGAGAUCGGAGAACUACGCAACUCAGAACGAGUCCAGACCUGUGGCCAACCUUCCCGUGAGCGUUUAUGGAUGGUAUCGUGUGCUUGUAUUCAGCAGCGAUCGUCGGGAGUCCAUCAACCGAGUGCUGCGACGCCUUCGAAGGAUUUUGAACCCGAUGAAACUAGAUCCUCGCUAUAAGCACUCUGGCGGGGAGUAUGACGAUCUUGAGGACUCAGGCGCCCAGUUCACAUUCUACGUGGACAGCUACAACGUAGCGAGUGCUUUGUUCCGCCGUGGAAGGCUGGAUAAUCGCGUGUGGUUGAAGGUCAGUGACCGGAUGCCCUCGGUCCGGAUUACCUCGGCCUUUAAGUUGCGUUUGAAACGUGUGAUUUUCGAAAGGUACGAUCCUGAGCAGCGCAGCCUGGAUCUCACUCUAUUCCACAUGGACGAGGCCUGGCGUGGGGAAUUCUGCGCCCUGGCUGAGCAGAACUGCAUGAGCACGGCUGUCGGCAUUAUGGAGCAAUGUUUGCCGCAGUUGGAGCAGCUGAUACUGGACCGGAACCACCUGACCACCCUGUGGAUGUUCAGGCAAUCGGAGAGGCGUUUCCCCUGGCUCCAAUGGGUGUCCCUGAAAAACAAUGACAUCACUAACCUUGAAGUAUUGCGGGGUUUCCAAUAUCUUCCGCUCGUCGCAUUGAACCUCGAGAGAAAUCUUCUGCCGCCUGCUUACGAAGGCCAAGUCUUAAGUAUAUGGCCACGUCUGCAGUUUCUCAAUGAUAUCCCUGUGAUGCGCUACAUUUAAUCUAUUUUGGUGACGAAUUUGUAUGUCAUAAGAACUCUUUCCAGUGGCUUUAGUUUUCCUUGAGUGGACUUAUCUUGUUAUCGCGUUUGUGCAGUUUUCGUUAUU